ACUGGCGAGAGCUUCACCCAAGCUUCCCAGUCCCCCAACAGCUACUUCUUCUUCUUUUUUAUCUCUAUCCUCUUUCUUUGACACGCUAGUUUCUUGCCCUACUGGUCAUCCUCCGUCUGCUAUUUCCUCAUUUAAUAUCUCUUUCACGAAUUGUCAUCCUACUCCAGAUAAUUCAAUAUGUUCAUUGCGCGAUCGGAAUAUGACCGUGGAAUUAACACCUUCUCUCCCGAAGGGCGUUUAUUCCAGGUCGAAUACUCCCUCGAAGCUAUCAAGCUAGGCUCCACUGCCAUCGGUGUAGCGACAUCAGAAGGUGUCAUCUUGGGUGUUGAGAAGCGUGUCACAUCUACUCUUCUUGAGGCUUCGUCCGUCGAGAAGAUUGUCGAAAUCGAUCAGCACAUUGGCUGCGCCAUGUCCGGCCUGCAGGCAGAUGCCCGGUCUUUGGUGGAACAUGCCCGCGUAGAAUGCCAGAACCAUGCCUUCCACUACGCCGAACCACUGAGAGUCGAGAGCUGCACCCAGGCUAUCUGUGAUUUGGCUUUGCGAUUCGGAGAGACUGGAGAUGAUGAGGAAAGCGUUAUGAGCCGACCCUUCGGUGUUGCUCUCCUCAUUGCUGGUUUUGAUGAAGAUGGCCCUCAACUAUAUCACGCAGAGCCCUCUGGAACAUUUUACCGAUAUGACGCAAAGGCCAUCGGAUCUGGAAGCGAGGGUGCCCAGGCCGAGCUGCAGAAUGAAUACCAUCGCUCCUUGACCCUUCCCGAAGCUGAGACACUGGUUUUGAAGACACUGAAGCAGGUUAUGGAGGAGAAGCUAGACGCAAAGAAUGUUCAGCUGGCUAGCGUUACAAAGGAAAAGGGAUUCCGGAUCUACAACGAUGAGGAGAUGGGCCGGGCUGUUGCCCAGCUCGGUGGAAAUCAAUGAAGGGGGGGGGGGGGCUAAUACAG